UGUUGUACGAAUUAAGCCUUUGUAUGCAGAAUUGGAUUCUGCAGUAAAAUUCACAAAGGAUCAUUUGCUCACGGUAGGUGAAAAUUUAAACCCUAGCGAAAUUAUGUACAGCAUUGACAGUUCAUCUUUUCCUCUAUCUGGACAGUUUUUGGAAAUGUUCUAGUAAUUCAGCAGACAUUCAAGAAAUGAAUGGCAAAAUAAUCUUGUUUAGUCAAGAAGAUAUUGACAAAGGAAAAAUAUUUUAUAAACAUAAUGAUAACAGCACAUCAAAAAUCAUAUUGCAUUUUCAAAUAACCAGCAAAAUAUCAAAUAAGGUACUUGAAACAGAAUUCGAAAUCAUUGGAACAAGAUCCGAGCUCAACUCAUCACUAACUCUACCAGAAAAUCAGUUUGGAAUGAUGGUACUCCAGAACCAUCCCGCUACGAUUUCGAGCGAUCACCUCUUAGUGCAGAAAAGUGGUGUGCCCUCCAAAGAUAUUGUUUAUAUGAUAACUAAAAAGUUACUAAAAGAGGAAGGAUUCCUUGAAAAUUUAGACAAACCAGGAAUUAGACUGCAGUCUUUCACUCAGAAGGACAUCGAUGAAAUGAAGAUAGUCUAUCAUUCGCCGCCAUAUGUAGAACCAAACGAAAAGCAAUUUACUUUUCAAUUUAUUGUUAUUGAUGCUAAACGAGGAAUUCAGUUAUCACCUGUUCAGAAUUUCACUAUCACAGUCCGACCGCCUUCUAUAGAAUUCACAUCUCCGGCGUCAGCGAUUGAUUAUGAAACUACUAUUAUUGUAAAGCAAGGACAGUCAAAAGAACUUGGAUUCAACUGGCUGUCUACGGUAGGUCACGAUAUGCCUGAGGAUCAGCUUGAAGUUGUUCUUAGUACUGCUCCUCGGUAUGGGUCAUUAGUUCAGAUCACUGGUGGGACUCAAACAAAAAUUGCAGAAGAUGAUGGAUUUUCUUUCACAUCCAUAAUCAAAGAUAUGUAUUAUGAGCAUGAUGGUUCCAAUAACUUGCAUGAUAGUGCUGUGCUCACCAUAAUGGGUGGUCGACGUUCCUCUUUAAAUCGUGUAAAUUUCGAAGUUUCUCCAAUUGAUAUUGAAAGCCCAGUUAUUGUUGAUUCAACAGCUUUAAUGGGAUCCGUUACAGAAGGUAAAUUCUUGGUUCUUCAGAGACACCAUCUGGCAUAUACAGAUGUGAUUUCGGAUGACGCUCAGAUCACCUUCACCUUGUUGAAAACACCAGAAUAUGGUAGAAUUGAAAAACAAGAGAAUGAUCAUUAUAAUGCAUUACGGCCUAAAGACCAAUUCAGCCAACAGGAUAUAAAUGAUCAGAAAAUUAGAUAUGUAGCAGAUACCAGUAUCGGUGAUGAAACUGUACGAGAUUUUUUGCGAUUUGAUGUUGCUGAUGGUAGUGGAAAUGUUCAACCAAAUCAAGUUUUUACUAUGAAAGUAAAACCUCGUAUCAAGCAUCCGCCAGUUGUAAAAGUUACAAGUGAUGUUCAGGUUAAUGAAGGGGGAGAAGCUGUUAUAGAACCACAUAUUCUGACAGUUUUUGACCCGGAUACUCCACUGUCUGAUCUCAUAGCUAUCAUAGAAAAGCAACCUGACUAUGGAUUUAUAGAAAAUUCAAAACCUAUCCCAGGUGCUGAGAAAACUUUGGAUGGUCUACCGAUUUCUUCCUUUCCUUAUGUUGAUCUGGUUGAAGGAUUUAUAAAGUACAUGCAAGGAGGUCACAAAGGAUUAGAACCUGAGAGAGAUACGGUUCAUAUCCGGAUAACUGAUGGCCAUUUGUCAUCUAAAGUACAUGUGGUAAACAUCACCAUAAAGCCUAUGAAUGAUGAAUCACCACAUAUAUUUACGGACAACUUAUUCGUAAAGCAAGGAGGCUACGCAAAAAUAAAAAAUUCCACUUUAUUUAUAGCUGACACAGAUACCAAACCAGAAGAUCUCGUUAUCAUUAUUGAUAAAGCAUCUGAAAAGGGAUCUCUUAGAAGGCUUCAACAAAAUAAUUACAAUUUUCUGCAAAGUGCAACAAUUUUAAAUCAAGAUACCUUUACAUUUCAGGAUAUACUGAAUGGAUUAAUAAUAUACGUCCACGAAGAUACUAAAUCAAUCCUAAACGACACGUUAACUUUUAUUGUAAGCGAUGGGCAACAUGCUGUGUCUUCUGAAAUUGAUAUUAUUAUCAGUGCCACAGACAGAGAAGCUCCUUAUUUAUUGCUUAAUCUCGGUUUGGAAUUAACUCCAGGAAAUUCAAGUGUCAUUAAUAAUGAAACUCUCUGUGCGACUGAUAUUGACAGUUCAGAUGAGCUUUUGGUGUAUACUUUGACAAAGGAUCCAACAGCUGGACAACUAUUUCUCUUGAAAAAUGGCAAGCUUAAAUUACUUUCAGUAGAAGAUAGCGCAGCACUUUAUAGUUUUCAUCAAAGUGACGUGAAUCAGCAACGCCUUAUCUAUCGCCAUAACAGAGGUGACGAAGAUGGAAUUCAUCAUUUUAAAUUCAAUAUAAAUGAUCCUGCGAAUAACACUUUACUGGACCAGUCAUUUUUCAUAUCUGUAACAGAGGACAUAUUUCCUCCAGUUGUUACAAGGAACACUGGAUUGACUGUCAUCGAAAAGACUAGUUCCUGUAUCACCACUGACAAAUUAGCCGCCGUAGAUGAGCAUAAUAGAUCAAUGGACCUCCUCUUCUCACUGACAACUGCUCCUAAUUUUGGUUAUUUGGAGCAUAAAAACCUAAAAGGAGUUCCAAUUACAAAUUUUCAUAUGUCAGAUAUAGCAGAUGGUAAUGUGUGCUUUGUACAUUCAUCUGACAGUUACGUUUCUUUCGAUAGUUUCACGUUCACUGUUUCUGAUGGGAAGAAUUCGGCUCUGCAGACUUUCUACAUAAAUAUAACUAGAACAAGUAAUUCCCUUCCUAUUGUCAAAAUCAGCCCGUUACAAAUUGAAGAAGGAACUCAUAAAGUUAUUUCUGAAUUUGAAAUAGAUAUUUUUGACAGAGACACUUCAGAUUCCAGUAUUAUUAUUAAUGUAUUGAAAUCUCCUUCUCAUGGUGUAUUAAAAGAAUUUGGGAGCAUGUCAACAUCAGUGGAUCAGUUUUCAAUGGAUGAUGUCAAGCGAAGUAAAAUAUCUUAUUAUCACGAUGACUCAGAUAGUGUAUUUGAUGAUUUUACCUUCGUUGUUUCUGAUGGCAUAAGUAGUAAAUUUAUAUAUCUGGAAAAUGGUUUUAAUGGUACAACUUCUAAGCCAAUAGUUUUUCCAAUUAACAUAGUAUCGAUUGAUGACAGUAUUCCUUUCCUCCUAAAAAAUGAAGGCCUUAGAACAUUGAGACUGGAAAAUGGAAAAUGGAGAAAUUCAAUAUCUCAAGAUCAUCUUUUCACUGAAGACCUUGAUACCAAAGAAAAGGACCUCAUUUAUUCUGUUACAGUACGACCGAAUUUAGGAUACCUACAACUGACAAGCAGUCCUAACGAAAAAGUAUCUCAUUUCUCUCAAAAGGAUAUCAAUGAUGGGAAACUCCAGUAUGUUUUGGAUGAUGAUGACAUUUUGCAGACAGAAGAUAAAUUUAUGUUUUCUGUGGAAGAUACAAAACCAAAUAAAUUGAUGAAUAACAUCUUUCGCAUUCAGUGGACUCGCGUAAACUUUGAGUUACCUUUUUAUAACACUUCAGAAAUGGAUGGCCAUUUAGAAGUCUCAGUUAUACGAACUGGGAAUACCGAACUGGAUUUUACAGCUACAUGUCAAAUCUCUCAAGACAAUUUGUCUGCUACUAACAAGAGUGGUUUUGUUCCCGUUGUGAAUGAGGUGCAUUUUAAAGAAAAUGAUAAUUUAGAGUACUGCAUUUUCAAAAUAGUAGAUAAUAGCGAUUUUGAAGGAAAAAAGAAUUACCAAAUUUUCUUACAUUCUGCAACUGUUUUACUUGGCAUCCCUCAUACAGCAAAUGUUGAAAUACAUGAUGAAGAAGAUGAACCUAUUAUCAGUUUCAAACAAGACGUCUUCUUUGUAAAUGAGACUGACAGUUAUGUCCAUUUCCCAGUUAUCAGAAAGGGUGAUUUAAAACCUGAUUUAAGUGUUAUGUGCAGCACGUUUGAUCAUACAGCUCAAGGAAGCAGCCCUUUUGGACUGGAAACUGGUUCAGAUUAUAGAAGUCGAAGUUCUUCGCAUAAUUCUUUCGUCACAUUUUAUGCCGGCCUGACAGAAAUAAACUGCAGUGUUAAAAUAAUUGAUGAUAACUUAUAUGAAGAGGCAGAAGAAUUUGAAAUAAUCCUUUCUGAUUGUCAUCCGCUUGGAAAAAUCCAUGGAUAUUCUAAAGCACGUGUAAUUAUAAAUGGACCUAAUGAUAUACCUGAAGUUUUCAUCAAAAGACAAGAUUAUGAAAUUACACAUGAACAAAAUAAUAUUUCUAUCUCACUCAAACGGGUGGGUGUGGAUCUAUCAAAAAUUUGCACUGUAUGGUGUGGAACUCGAUCGUCUUUAGAUAACUCUGGAAGAAAUAUGAAUUCUUUGCAACAAAUCAAAUUUGAUAACUUCCAGUCUUCUCUUGAAUGCCAGCUGUCUAAACAUCAAGUACUUUGGUCUACAGAACCAUCUGAAAGCAUUAUUGUUUUUCUUGAUUCUCCUGAGGGCUGUAUUUUAGGCGAACCGAGUUUUUUAACAAUUCCUGUGAAGUAUGAAAAGAAAGCUCCUACCGUUGAGUUUAGCGUUGAUCAUAUGGUCGUAAAAGAGGGGUCUGGAGUAGUUCAAAUAUCUGUUCUGAGAACAGGAGACUUGACUAAAAAUUCUUCUGUGUAUUGUGUGACUCAUGAUGAUACAGCUAAAGCAAGAGAAGAUUUUGAAGAAAAGUAUCAAACUCGAAGAUCUUCACUUAUUAAUUUCAGUCCUGACCAAAAGGAAGCCUUCUGCUCAGUAAAGAUAUACGACGAUGAUAUUCAUGAGGGGAAUGAGUUCUUGAAACUAAAACUAGUAUCAAAUAAUAAAGACAAGAAUACAAUAAUUGCAAACAAGAAAUCUUUAACCCUCGAAAUAACUGACCCUGAAGACGCUACUUCUGUGCAACUUGAAAAGGCUGAAUAUGUAGUACCUCAGCACACUUUUCCUAACAGUUCCGUCUCUGCAAUCAUACCUGUAAUUCGGCUGGGAGACUUAAGAUUGAUUUCGAAAAUUAGAGUUAGUACAAUUGAUGGAUCUGCUUCUGCUGGACUUGAUUAUUACUCUAAGAGCAAACUUCUUACCUUUAAUCCAGGUGAAAGCAAGAAACGCUUCGAAAUUGAAAUUCUGUAUAAUAAGCGGCGAAACUGGGCCCUAUCUUUCGUUGUCAUACUUGGCCCUGAUGAAGUACUAAAUGCCGAUAUAGGCAAUGUAUCAAAAGCUGUCAUCACGAUACCUGGAGUGCAAUCGACAGAAAGUUUAAUUUUGCCCGCAGUUCCUAUUGUGGUGUCUUUAUUACAUAAUAGCAAUAUCACCAUUGGUCUGUUGCAAGAGCCUAAACCAGGAUAUCCAUUAAUUUGCAUCACGCCCUGCGAUUCAAAUUAUCCGUCUUAUGCUGAAACCGCUUCUCUCUGCAAGGAAUCGGGAAUUAAUUCCUCUUCUAUGAGUUAUUCAUGGGAGGUAGCUAUGCCAUUAGAUGGUGAAGAAAAUAUCUCACCCUUUGAAAGUGUUACACAUUCUACACUGUUUACAUCUGUACAUGACAAAGUACUUGACAGCAUCUAUUUUCGACCUCAUGAAAGAGUACGUUGUAUUGUACAGCCCAAAGAUUCAAAAGGCCAACUGGGUAUUCCUCUGCAGAGCAAGGCUGUUAAAAUAAAUUCAGAAAGAGGAUUCUGCCACUCUACUUUGAGACCACAGUAUUUGCAACUAACUUUGCAAUCCCAGUCUUUCAUCGCUAAUCUUCAAUAUAUCAACUCAUCUGACUCCCAUCAUCCAAAUAAGCUGCAUAUUCAUGUAGAAAUUCCUCAUGAAGAUGGGCUUCUUCCUUUGUUAUCAACUCAUCCAUUGCAUAACGUCGAGUUCCUCUUAUCCCAGAAUAUUUACAGACAGCAACAUGUAUGUUCCAAUUUGCUACAAUCAGCCAUCACACAAACAGAAGUAAAUAGAGGAUUUUUAAAAAACCUGAAACCUACAGUUUAUGACAUGAAUAAAGCUUUUCCUUAUCAUGGAGACCAAUGCAGUAACGAAACACAUCUUCUAUAUCAGCAUCUAGAUCUAAAAAAGUGCAAGUGGACAUUUGACGCAUGGUACAGUAUGAGCGAACUUGUAGAACUUUGCGGUGGAAGUGUGACAUCCGAUUUUAAGGUGAGAGACACUGACCAAAAUUACGUUACUGUUCUUCUUCCAUUUUUUGUAACUUACGUAUUUGCUGCAGCGCCGACAGGCUGGGCAACAAUAGAACGCCACACAGAAAUGGAGUUCUCAUUUUUUUAUGACGCAUUUUUGUGGAAAUCAGGUUCACAUUCGGACAGCAUAUUGACAGCAAGUCUUACCAUGGUUCGUGUCGGAACGGAUUCUGAAGGCCAUGUUUUCUUUGAGUUCAAGACAGUAGCAAAGUUCUAUGGCUGUUUUGUUCUGGAGCAUCAUACUUUGCCAGGGAUUAAGAGCCACAUUUCUACCCCAGAAAAACUUGGCUUACAGUUUGAAUUACAACUAUUGUGGAGUGAACAAACGUUUGAUGGCCCAUUACAAUUCUGGAGAGCUACAAGCAAUUAUAAUUUAAAAGAUUACAGUGGCUAUUAUACUGUGUAUUUGAUACCCUGCAAAGUUACAACCUCAGAACAGUUUUCUAAACAAAGUAGCUAUAAAUACAUCCCUUGUGUUGCUCAAGCUCCUCAGAAGUUUGAAUUACCUCUAGCUUUUCAACAAACUAUACGCCCAGAGCCAGUGACUUAUGCCUUAGAAACAUUUUUUCAACUUUUCAAUGAUGAAAGUUUAUUUCUGUGGAAUCCAUUUAAGAAUACUUCAAAUCUGCAAUACAUAGAAUACAAAGGUUCAUUCUCUAAAGGGGACGACGUUUAUGGACGAGUGUUUUGGAGCCCUGCGCAGCAACUGAAAUCUGCUUACCAACUAGUUAUUAAUGAAGUUAUUCUUUGCGCCGGAAAAAAUGGGUAUAUACCUAUCUAUGAUCCCACUGGAAAAAUUUACGGAAAUGGACCACAAUAUGGAUGCCUUUUACCAAAUAAAAAUCUAAAGCACAAAUUCACUUUACUUGUAAGUCUACCAUUUUUUUACCCAUAAUAAGAAUAAUAUAUU